AUGGCUCUAGACGUGCUCGAUGCCGGCGGCCGUCCAUCAAGAUGGAAGACCAUAACACAAGGCCCAUUUCCCGAACAAGAAAUCUACAGACUCACCCCCGCAUUGCUUUCAACCCGCAGACAAAUCUAUGGCGAAGCUAUCCACUACCUUUAUUCCAGCAGCACUUUUCGACUGUAUUCGACACAUGCAGACCAUCCCACAGCUCCCCAUCGUAUUCUGCGUCAAGCGCCCGCGCGCUUCGACCUAGUCCGGCAUUUGGUAUGUGGAAGCCAAUUCGACACCUACAAUCUCCCCUGGCAGAAUCUGUCCCCCCCCACCCACGAUGACAACGUUGAAGACGACUUCGACGCAAAGGAGGCGUCGAUGCUUGCUGGGCUUGAAGAUGAUCCUAGGUGGGUUCUCGCUGUGAUCAGGCAACGCAAUAUGCACCUGAAGACAUUCACGCUACGGUCGCCGAGGCUGCUUGGGUACGCUAUUGUUGCGACAAAUCUUGCGGAGAUGGUUCAGGAUGGGUUUAUUGAAGAGGUGCGGAUUCAUGUGGAGCGGGCGCCUGAGCGGAAGGAUGUGAAUCGAGCUGCUUGGGGAUGGCUUUUUGAAUGGACUUUGCUGAGGAGGGUUGUUGUAAGGAGGUCGCUGAAUGAGGACGGUCUGCAUGAGUUGUGGCGGUUGAGGCUUAGAAGGGAUCGUCUUUGUGGUGGGAUGUGA